UUUUCUAUUUCCAGACAAGUACAGAACUAGUUGUUAAAUAGAACUUGUGUAUGAGUUUUUUUGGCUUCAGAUCACUACGGUCUGAUAAAGAAUUGAUAAAAAUGAUAAAGAAAAAUAUACUUUCAUUUCUGUUGGUUAUUCUGCAUUUUUCGUCCGUAAAAACUCAAAAAAUUGCACAAGAAAAAUGUGCGGAAUAUGGUCAGGCGGUCUAUCAAGCAGAGACUGUUCCUUUUUUUCGAAGUAGUGGUAGAACAAAAAUGGUGUCUACCUGUACGAUGUAUGAUAACACUUUGAUUGUAGGUGGAAAGGCAGCAAGAAUUAAAGAAUUUCCUCAUAUGGCAGCGAUUGGUUUUGGCACUUUGGAAGGCGAAGAAAUCAUGUGGUUGUGCGGCGGUUCAUUGAUCAGCGAAAAGCACGUUCUAACAGCCGCUCACUGUACUAUAUCUCGCCGUGGUCCUCCUCGAAGAGUAAGAUUAGGUAUGGUCGAUCUCUUUGACAACAGCAGUUACAUUCAAGAAAAAUCUGUGGAAAAAUUUGUCAAUCACCCGCAGUAUAAAAGACCCAGAAAAUACCAUGACAUCGCCAUAGUUUUUCUGGAAAGCCCCGUUAUAUUUACACCGUUUGUUCGACCUGCCUGUGUGAAUACUUUGGAGAAUAUCAAUCAAAAACAUGCACAAGCUAUAGGAUUUGGAAAAAGAUUUUAUGAUGAUAAUGACAGAAGUACUACAUUGCUCAAAGUCAAACUGCCUUUAUUUUCUAACGAAGUGUGCAGUAAAUAUAUUCUUACUCAUCCUAUUGAGAUGCCCAAUGGCUUGAUUGACAGUGAGAUGUGUGCAGGUGAUUUAGAUGGAGGCAGAGACACGUGCGAAGGUGAUUCUGGAGGACCAUUACAAGUUGUUCAGAUGGAACCUUAUUGUACUUAUAGCAUCAUUGGCGUGACAUCAUUUGGGAGAUUUUGUGGCAUGAAGAAUUCCUUGGGAGUAUACAGUAAAGUUGAUCAGUUUGUGCCUUGGAUUGAGAGUGUUAUCUGGCAAUAGAGCACAGAUUAGACAGCGUGAUUUAAAAAAAAAUAAAG